GUCAGUUGGCUAUAUUUAUUGUAUUAACUGCACCUUAUGAAGAAACAAAUGCAAAUCAUCCUUCAAAAUGCGCCGCAACGUGGUUCCACUGAUGCCAAAAUGCUGAGCGCGGUUACGAUACGACACUUUUGGGUUCUGGGCAACGCUGUCUGUGACCGCUUCAACCAAUUCAGUGGAACGCGUUGGUCGUUGAUGAUGUCCCGUACUCAAGAAAAUUCGAAAUCAAACGACGGGUAGUGUUGUCAGACGGUGCCUGUUUGCCAGGAUAUGUUCGACGAUAUGCACGUUGCGCUAACACAACUGAACGACGAUUUUUAAUGUACACUGUUUGUGGCUAUUUCGGCGCGUUAUUUCGGUGUAAAGCGAUUCAUGACUAAAAUUGUAGUAAAUUGACGUUUCAGGAAC